UGCAAGACAUUUGUAAAUAAUCCUAUAAUGGACCCCGGUGGUGUCCAUUAUAGGUAACAUCGAUGCGUAUUUUCAAAUGCGUAUUACACUGGAAUAAUUUAUUAUUGUUGUAUUUUUGACGGUCUUUACAUAAAGAGGGGACGUGAAACUUGUUAAAAAAAUCCACUUUGGAACAAUUCACUGCCUUAAUAUAGCUAAAAAGCCGCAGAAGUGAAUUUCGAUGGCUUAGGGGGUCCACUACUAGUACCAACACCCUAGUUUAAUUUUAAAGUAUUGCCCAUGCUCUUCACAUGCGCGACUUCUUAUCUCACUGAACGAUUGAACAGUUCUUUUUCGAGAGAGCAUCUUUAAACCACACAAACGGUAGAUCAAACCUUGACACGCGAUCAUCAAAAUCGCUCAGAUUAACACUACGUUUGUCAUAAGCAAUCAUACAUAGCACAAAUCUGAGCGAAUUGACCGGUUGUGUGGUGAUGUUUGAUCAAUCGUUUGAGUGGUGUGUCCGUCGGCGCCUACCGGGGAAUCCCCAUCGGUACAAGAUGUGCUCUCGCCCUUUUUUCUCACUGUUGCACAAUUAGUUUAUCGAAAUCGCUUCAACUUGCCGCAUACGCUGUCGGAAGAAAAUGCAAACGGUUUUGAAAGUGGCAUGUUUUGCUAUGCUGGUUCUUCAAACUUUUGCGAAAGAAGAACCAUGUGGCCGUAGACCGCUUACACACUUGCCCUUGAUUCUCGGGGGCGAGAACUCCGUUCCUGGAGAAUGGCCCUGGCAUGCAGCAAUCUUCUUGUUAAAGCACGAAAAAUCUACGCAAACGUAUCGAUGUGGGGGAACUCUGAUCAGUUCCUCAUUUGUACUGACUGCAGCUCAUUGUACGUUCAUAAGUGCGAUUCCACUCCCGCCUAAUCUUUUGAGCAUGAAGCUGGGAGUCACCAACCUGAACAUCGGUGGAGCAGAACAAAAGGGUUACGGUGUGAAGCUGGUUGUUCGUCAUUCAAAGUACAAUCCUUGGAACCAUCAUUACGAUGUUGCUCUCCUGAAAACUUUCAACAAGGUUAAGUUUUCCGAUUUUAUUCAACCGGUGUGCCUCCCUUCCAAAAAUCGCCCAUUUGAACGAGGCACCGUGGUUGGUUGGGGUAUUGGCGAAACAAACCAAAUGGAAACGAUACUACAGAAAGCCGAUCUAAACUUUGUGGAAUUCUCUACUUGUUUGAAAAGUGAUCCAGUUUUAUUCAGUGUCCUCCUGGCUGCUGACCACAGUAACUAUUGUGCUGGAAACAGAAAUGCUACUAAUGCAUGUUAUGGCGACAGUGGCGGUGGAAUGUUCACUAAUAAGGACGGAACGUGGUACAUAACGGGAAUCACCUCUGCUGGAGUGCGUAGUACCACAUCUAUAAACAAACGUUGUGAUCCAAGACAGUAUGUAGUUUUUGCCAACGUUACAGAUUUGUCGGAUUGGAUUACAUCCGUACGAAACAUGGAGCAACAUAAUUUGCUUGAGUUGGAAGAAUGUGGAGAAGACCAUCACGAUCCAAGCGUUCCUGAAAGCGACAAACCGAUUUUUCAACAAUAUCCAUGGGUUACUAUACUGGAGUAUAACGUCACAAGCUUCAGAAACAUCGAAACGGUGUGUGGAGGCGUGCUGAUCCAUCCACGAUUUGUACUUACUACUGGUCACUGCGUGUGUGAAACAUGUGCCAACUUCAAAUUGAAAGCUGUGCGGCUGGGGGAUUUUGAUUUAUCCAAAGAUUUCGAAAUUGGGCCGGAUGGAGAGAAAAUAGCAGCUGAAUCUAUUUCCGUGAUGAAAAUUAUUCAUCACCCGCAAUUUGGAUUGUCUGGUUAUGGACACAAUAUUGCAAUAAUCAAGCUUUCUCGACCAGUUUCAAAACGAAUGUCAAAUGUUCAACCCAUUUGUUUGCCAAAAUCCCGUGCUUCCAGGGCAAAUCACUUCAUUGUUGGCUGGAAAAGAGCAGGAGAACCAAAAGUACUGCACCGUGAAACAGUGCAGCUGCAAGACAUUAAACAGUGCAUCAAAGCAUACAAUGCCAUAAAAAUUGUCCUAACUCCUGAGGACAAUUUCGUUUGCGUAAAGAACACCGGAAAAGCAAGUGAUUGUUUUAGUUUCAAAAGUGGAAGCGCACUGCAGUAUCAAGCAACCUCAUUGGGUGUCAACAGAUAUUACCUCAAAGGAAUGUUUGCAUUAGGCUUGCCAAGAUGCGGGUCUACGACGAAUGACAUAUUCGUCGAUACGCUCUAUCAUUCGGACUGGAUUAAAAAUACUAUUGCACAGGAAAUCCGAUUGUUCUAAGAGAUCAGAAAGCAGGUCCCUUGAUAAAUUUGUUAGUACUUUAGGACUUAUAUUUUGGGUAACUUUUACGUUAUAAAUCAGUCAAUUUUGAACCAAUUGACUUAUGUUUUGUACGUUGUGUCAGUCAAUUGGUUUGAAAUUGACAGAAUUAUGGCGAGUUAUGCCCAAGUGGCUCAGCACCCUGUCCGUUAUAGGUAUGGACUAAUGAAAAAUUAUAGCGACAGUUAA